UUUGAAGUGGAACAUGUCCCGCAAACCUCAUGCGCCGCUCAGUCACAACCUCACUAAGUGUUCGACUCCCAGUUCGGCAUAGGAUUUCCUUGUUUGAGACCCGAUCUGUGUAACUGACUCACAAAAUCCGUCUCAGCCAUCUCUGUUGAGCCACAUUUAGUCUUUUCUCAAUUUUGACAGAUGACUUCCAUGUCUCACAUGCAUAUGUAGCAGUUGGAAUGACGAUUGUGUUGAGAAGGUGUAUUUUUGUCUCGAGUCCAAUGGCUUGGCUAGUCCAAAUAGGCUGCAGCCUUUGGAAAAUGCUCCCUGCCUUUCCUAUUUGGUAAGCAUCUCCAUCAUUUGUUAUGAUGCUGCCAAGGUACGUGAACUUGUCCAGCUCUUCAAGCUUUGACUCGCCAAGUCUGACGGGGACACCCUUUGCCUUAUAUCCCACUCGCAUAAUUUUAGUCUUAUCCAGGUUUAUGCGGUGGCCAAUUUUGGGUGCCUCUCUGUCUAGACUCUCCGUCAUUUCUUGAAUGCAUUUAUUUGUUGCCCCGAGUAGUGCAACAUCAUCAGCAAAGUCCAAGUCCGUCAAUCGGAGUUGUUCAUGCCAUGGAAUACCAAAGGCAGUCUGGUUCAUAGCUCUCCUCAUUAUGUAGUCGAUGGCUAGUGGGAAAAGGAAGGGAGAUAAGAUGCACCCCUGUCUGACACCUGUCUCGAUUGUAAAAAACUCUGUUGUGACUAAAGAUGAAUUAUUAAUUGACUGGGGAUGAAGUAACUAAAGAUUGAAAUGACUGGGGAUGAAGUGACUAAAGAUUGAAAUGACCGGGGAUGAAGUGACUAAAGAUUGAAAUGACCGGGGAUGAAGUGACUAAAGAUUGAAAUGACCGGGGAUGAAGUGACUAAAGAUUGAAAUGACCGGGGAUGAAGUGACUAAAGAUUGAAAUGACCGGGGAUGAAGUGACUAAAGAUUGAAAUGACCGGGGAUGAAGUGACUAAAGAUUGAAAUGACCGGGGAUGAAGUGACUAAAGAUUGAAAUGACCGGGGAUGAAGUAACUAAAGAUUGAAAUGACCGGGGAUGAAGUGACUAAAGAUUGAAAUGACCGGGGAUGAAGUGACUAAAGAUUGAAAUGACCGGGAAUGAAGUGACUAAAGAUUGAAAUGACCGGGGAUGAAGUGACUAAAGAUUGAAAUGACCGGGGAUGAAGUGACUAAAGAUUGAAAUGACCGGGGAUGAAGUGACUAAAGAUUGAAAUGACCGGGGAUGAAGUAACUAAAGAUUGAAAUGACUGGGGAUGAAGUGACUAAAGAUUGAAAUGACCGGGGAUGAAGUGACUAAAGAUUGAAAUGACCGGGGAUGAAGUGACUAAAGAUGAAUUAUUAAUUGACUGGGGAUGAAGUGACUAAAGAUUAAAAUGACCGGGGAUAAAGGGAUUAAAGAUGAAAUGACCGGGAAUGACGUGACUAAAAGAUGAAAUGACCUGGGAUAAAGUGACUAAAGAUGGAGUGACCAAAGUUGAAAUGACUGGUCACCGUUAUAUUAAUGAUUGACCUUCGUAUACUUCGAAAUAAACGGCCAGUGGGGGCUGUGUUCAGUCUAGGUAGGAGAUCUCACACUAGUACGUGUCUACGUGUGCUUAUGUGUGUGUGUGUGUGUAGGCCUAUUUAACAUGCACCUAACCUCCCUUGUUUUGUAAACAACACUACGCACUUUUAUUUUUAGCAUAGCUUAUCUACAGUUGUAUCAUGAUAAUUUUUAUUUGCUUAUAUCCGAUAACAACAUGGUAAUGUGUCGCUUUAGUCAAGUAGGAGAGAAGGUUUUGUUUUUAAAUAUCAGAAAGAUGCCGAACUGUAGCAAAACACUGUCCGUAUAGAUCUAGAUGAACAUGAGAUGAAGAAAUAGCAGCUGUCUGUCUGGACUCCAGGUUGUUGGUGAAGAAAAACCAACCAUCAGGUCAUGUUUGAAGGGCUUAUCGCUGACUUCUUGAACAAAUAUGUGGGCCAAUAUGUCUCUAAUCUGGACUCCAGUACAUUGAAUCUCAGCAUAUUUAAAGGAGAUGUGGAACUUACAGAUCUACAGUUGGCACCAGAGGCUCUGGCUGAGCUGAAUCUCCCAGUUGAAGUGAAAGCAGGCCAUAUAGGACAUCUGAAAAUUGACAUCCCAUGGACUCAGCUAUUUACUGCAGACAUACAUGUUGCCAUAGAGAAUGUCUAUAUAGUGGCAGGUCCUAUCACUGAUAGACAGUAUGAUGCUGAGAGAGAAAGGCAGUUACAAGCUGCUCUGAAGAGACAGCUGUUGGAAAGAAUUGAACAGUCAACAUUAGAAGGAGUUGUGUCUAAAUCAAACAAUAAUCCAAGCUUUGUUGAAAAAUUCACCACUAGCCUACUAAAUAGAUUACAGAUAUCAGUUCGCCACAUUCACAUCAGAUAUGAGGACACAAUUACUAAUGGAGACCAUGCCUUUGCCUGUGGUGUUAUGCUCAAACAGUUGUUGGUCUGUUCCACUGAUUCACACUGGCAGCCUAAAGGUUCUGACGCUGUUCCCAACUUGAUACACAAGAUGCUGAAAAUGGAUGAUUUGUCUCUUUAUUGGAACCCUUAUGUUCCAGAACAACAUCUGCUCAAAACACGACUCAAUACAGAUGGCUGGAGGAAUCUUCUACGUAUGUCCAUUGAUUCUCAUACUAUUUUUGAGGAAGAAUUAGAUUUCAUUAUGGAACCAGUGGCAGCACAAGCCCGUCUCAUUGUUAAUACAGAUAACAACUUUACCUUACCUAAACUUUUCAUGGAUUUCACAAUUGAAGAAGUUGAAAUUUUACUGUCUAGACAACAGUUUCUGAAUCUGAUAAACCUCAGUGAUUCCUUCAAAUUAAUGCGUGUGAAUCAACGCUAUCGCAAAUAUCAUCCCAACAUUAGUCUGAAAGUAAGUCCCAGAUCAUGGUGGAUCUAUGCCUAUUCAGCAGUGCUGGAAGAAGUUAUCCGUCCAUACUCCUGGGUUAGGAUCAGAGCUCACAGAAACAGGUUUAAUCAAUACAAAAACCUUUAUAAACUAUACCUUGGAGACCUUGGAAAUAAAUCAACACAAGAAAAACUGAAAGAACUAGAAGAACAUUUGGAUGUGACAAAUAUUUUGAUUGCAAAAGAGCAGGCAAAACUUGAGUUUGUUAAAGAAGCACCAGACAAAGCCAAGCAACCUAUUAAGAAAAAGAAAAGCUGGCUGAGCAAGUGGCUGUGGGGUUCUGAGGAAGAUGAUGUGACACUAGAUGUGGAGACAGAACAUUCAAAAGAUUGGUUGUCGAGCCUUACAUCAGAGGAAAAAGAGAAACUAUAUGCUGGUAUUGGCUAUGAUGACUCUAAUAGAGAUGUUAAUUAUCCUAAAAAGUAUGUAGCAUCCAAGAUACAAGUCAUUUUAAAGAGAUGUUGUGUGUCUAUGGUCAACUACAGCAAAAAAAUUCUCCAAGUGUCUGUGACACAUCUUUUGUCUACUUUGGAACACAGGCCUGGAAACAAUGCAUUUAGGAUAUCUUGUAAUACAGAGAGCUUUGCUGUGGAAGGAGCUUCUAUAGAGCAUGAAUUAAUUCCCAUAUUGACCUCUGACAUUGGUGUUUAUGCUCCAUCAGUCAACCAAGUCUUCACUUUAGACUUUGAAUCUAAACCACUUUACAUGGAUGCUGACUAUUCACUUAGUCUAAAUGUACAGCCAGUGGAAAUAGUUUAUGAUGAGCAUUCUAUUUCUGAAGUGACAGCUUUCUUUCAACUUCCUCAAGGUGGUCUAGACAUCAAGUCAGCUGCUUACAAAACAUUGACCAAUGUGGCUCAUAUCAGUCAGGCUGGACUCCAGUAUAUCAUAGAGACUCACACAACAAUUCACAUUGCCCUCAACAUGAGAUCACCAUACAUUGUCAUUCCUGAAUAUGGAACAUUACACAGAGGUGGUAAUGUACUCAUCAUUGACUUGGGCACUUUGCGCAUUGAAAGUGAGCUGCAACCUAAGGAUGUGUCACUAGAGGAUGCAACAAUGUCUGAGAUAGAAUCAAGACUUUAUGAUCAAUUCAAUAUGAAGAUAAGUGACGUUAAAGUCCUUUUAGCAGAUUCUGCUGAUGACUGGCAUACAGCACAGAUUCAAUCGAAUUCUGAAUUUCAUAUACUUCCCAGUGUCCAAUUGAUUAUAACAUUCUUCAAUGCAGUUAAGCCAGAUUUUACACAAUUGCCAAGACAUAAACUGGAGGCCAAAAUACCUUCUCUAGAAAUCAAUAUUUCAGACAAAAGAAUGCUUUUAUUAGCAACAUUUUUCAGGAACUUUCCAAUUCCAACUAGUUCUAGCAUUGCUACUAUUGGUGAAGAUAUGACUGAUAGUCAUGGUGCUUCAACUCUUGCACCUUUUCAUUUAAAAACUGGUUAUUCAGUAUUUGACGAUUCAGCAUUAUUUUUGGAUCUAGCAGAAGCCCAACUAGAACCAGAUGUUCAUGAGUUAAGGUGUAUCAAGAGGUCAGUUCUGGGUAGAUCACUAGUCAAUAAAGUGGAUGGACCUAGGAGAUCACUAUCUAAAGUACCUACAUUGAUGUAUACAAGAGGAGAUGAGCCUUUUUACUCAGCAUCAGAUUAUUCAGAUGAAGAACUUGAUAAACUUUCAGACAUGCUCGCUAUUAAGUCUGUAGAUGACAAUGCAUCUGUAGCCAAUACUAUAAACAUGUUGAUGAGAAUGUCCCUCGGAGAACUAGUUGUCAAUCUUUCUAAAGAAAUGGACAAGGAAGAGAAAGCUUAUCUUAUGAUUCGCAUAGACAGACUGCGGAUUGAUUCAGCUCUUACAGUGCAUGGUUAUGCAGCUUAUACAACAUUAGGUGGCAUACAGUUGGUUGACAAGAUACAUGUUGGUCAUUCAGGGGAAUACAUGGAAGUACUCAGUACAAACACAGUCAACAACAAUAAUUUGAUGUCUAUUGUUUACAGAAAGGUUGAUCCAGUGUGUCCAGACUUUGCCACUUAUUAUGGUGGAGUUGAACAUGCAAUAAAAAUCAAGAUUCUUUCUCUCUCAACACUCUUUGACCAAGCCAGUAUGAUGUAUCUAAAUGCUUUUCUUCAAAGUAUUAUGUCCAGUGUUCAGAGCCUGGACAUGAAGACUAGUAGCAGUUCCAUAAUGACUACUUCUGAAAUCAGCAUGAAAGAUAAAGUGUCCAUUAAAAAACGUAUCACCAACAUUACCGAUCAAGUUGAUAAUUUACCUUCCAAUGGAACCAAAAUACAUUUAAUUGCUGAACUUGAAGAUAUUACAAUAAAACUGACUGACUCUGAUAAUCAACUUGCUGAAGUCAAAGUGAAAGGUUUUGAAGGGUGUCUGAUUGCUAAACCUUCUAAAAUAAUCCUGAGGUCGCGACUUAAAGAUUUAAGUAUCAGAGACUGCAGUGCUGGUGCCAUUUAUCAAAAUAUUCUGUUACUUCAAGAUGACAGUGUAUUUGAUCUGAAGCUUGUGAAAUACAACAAAAGUUCCAGUGGUUACGACCAAACAGAAACUAACCAAGGAUUAGAUUACAGUAUUCGAUUGUGGCUAGGACAAAUACAGGCAGCUAUACUUGGAAAAUUUUAUUGGGAAAUAACUCGAUUCUUUGAGCCUUUUAUCAAUCAAGAAAUGACAGAAACUGCCAAGCAAACAGCACUACACACAGUGACAAAGCAGAACAUUGAUGUGUCCUCACAAAUAGUUCAGACCCAGGUCAAUGACUUUCAGUCUAAUAAUUUGAGAGUCAGCAUCAAUAUUCAGGUGAGAUCUCCAACACUGCUUCUACCUCAUGAUUCACAAUCUACUGAAAUGCUCCUGGUACAGUUGGGCAAUCUGAAUAUCAGAAACUCAUUUCUGUCUGUCAACUUAUUUGACAAUGUCAAGCAAGAGUUGAAUGACAUCCAUAUCAACCUUAGCAACAUACAAGUUCAAAGAGUUUGUCUUAACCUUGUGGAAGAUUCAACUGAAAUCAUGCAUAUUAUAUUAGAACCUCUUAGCUUUACAGCUAACAUAAAGUUGGCAAUGGAACCAAUUGUUGAAAAAACAAAACUUGAUAUUUUUGGACAUUUGGAAAAAGUAAAGGUUUACAUACUACAGAAAGACAUUCAACUUAUUCUUGGUGUUUUACGGUACAAUUUGACAGAAAGCUCACCUCCUCCUAGUCCAGGGAUUUAUGAAUCACCAACACUCCAGAACCUCCAAGGUCAGCAGCAAAUGAUUCAUGUUGAAUUAGAUCAAAAAUCUGCUGAACUUCACACCCCUGACAGUCCACCAAUAUUUGAACAGAAAACAUUGACUAAAUUGGCCAUAAAAUUAGAUGGACUGUCUGUCAGUUUGUUCACAGACAAUGGAAAAGAGUUAGCUACAAGAACAAGUUUGUGUUUCCUGGGCUUUGAGAAAAUCUCUCUGUCUGCCAUUGCACAAAGUGAUGGAGAGUUAAAUGUGGAUGUAUCUCUGUUUUCUGUGGAUCUUAAUGACACCCGACCUGACAGCAAUCUAGCAUUUAAGAGAGUCUUAGAAUGUGUUAGUAAAGUUAAAAAUGCUGAUCUACCUUUAGUGUUUCUCAAGUACAAGAUAAGCAAUGAUGGUAAUCACAAAGCUGAACUAGAGGUAGAAAAGCUCCAACUGAAUGUGAAUACACCUUUUAUGUUGGUGCUGUUGGAAUUCUUUAAUGGUGCUAUGGACACAGUCAAUCAGUCAACUAAGAAGGAUGAAUCCUCUCUUGAUAGUGGACACUCAUUCAUCACACCUCAGCCUCCCCAGGAUGUGACAGAGAUUCAAGAGAGCCCUGCUCAUACAUCAUUUACCAUUGAGGGUAGUUUGAAAGAGCCUGAAGUGGUGUUGUAUGCUGACCCUACACAGACAGAUAGCCGAGUUCUUAUUCUAUAUUCAGACGUAGCUUUCAGUAUAAGAAAAGAUGUGGUCAGUCGAAACAUUUGGGCAAAGGUUACAGACUUGAAGUUGAUCUCUAAAUCCUCUUUACUUAGUCCUGUCAAUAACCUGGUUUUGUGCCCUUGUUGUGUUGAACUGAGCCAAAAAGUUAACAUUCCAUCAGGAGCAUCAGAAUCAACAGUUUCAAUCAGUCAGGUACAAGUGUUUGUUUCCCCUUCAGUAAUGCAACUUUUCUGGGAUGUUAUAAGCAGUAUCAAUUAUCAGGAAACAAAGAAAACCAGUGUGACUGCAUCAGUUAAUGACACAGAUGUUCAAGGUCUCUGGGUUGUAUCAAAAGUUACUUCAGAGAAAUGGUUAAAAGACAGAUCUGAAGUCACUAGAGUUCCUGACUUGAAGCCAACAUUAUCCCCUAAAGAAUCUUUCCAUCUGAGUGUUAAAGAUAUCAAUGUUUACUUUGAGAUUGAAACUUUAGACCUUCAUGUACCCAUACUAUGUCUACACACGUCUCUGCAGUCAAAGAUUGAAGAAUGGUCUAGAAAAAUGCACAUAGAAGCUGAACUCCACCUAGAGAUGAUGUAUUUUAAUGAAACUCUCUCAGUCUGGGAGCCCCUCCUUGAGCCUGUGAUGGACAAAGAAUUUGUCUACAGACCCUGGGAGCUACUUAUUAAGGUAAUCAGAGCCAAAAGUUUUCCAAUGAUAUGUAUGUAUGAUGAUAAUGAUGUCAACAUUCCUGAAGAGCUGCAAACCGAAGUCCAGCAAAUGAUGCAUCGUUCACGGGUCAAAUCUAGCAGUUCUGAAACUGAUGACCCAUCAGCUGACCAAGACAUGAAAGUUAUUCGCCACAAAUCUUUGAAACGUUUGCGACAUGGUAGUGAUCGUUCAUUUGAUUCCAGCCAUCAUAGCAGUGUCCAGGGAGAGUCAGAUUCAGAGCCUGAAGGCUUCAUUUCAAACAUGACAAGUAAACUGGGCAGCAUAUUUUCUAGUGACAGCAGUGAUGCCGAUGUGAGUGAGACAGAGGAGAAUGAUGAUGGUAUAGAUAUGUCACUAGACAAGCCAGUCUUCUUGACUUCAAGGGGGCCUGUGCAUAUGACAACUGGUACAGCAUCAGGGUUUGAUGAAGUGGAUGCAGCAAUGGAAACUGAAGGAGAAACAGAAGCUCACACAUGUCUGUAUGUCAUGCUAGAAUCUUUAGACAGACUUCAACUCAAUGUUACACCACAAUCAAUUGUUGUACUGAAAGAUGUGGUGGAGGCAUUAACUAACCCUAACAAAUCAGAGCUGCAGUCUGUCAGAACUAUGCCAAGGUUCAAAGUGAAUAAUGAAUUGGGGCUUCAUGCAUACAUCACCUGUCAUAAAAAAAUCAAGGUGCACAAAGAUCAUAUAAAGAAUGCUACUAUUUACCUGACUGGUCAAGAUGAGAACAUUAUUCAUCCUGUGGACUAUGAUGAUGUCAUUGAUGGCCAGGAGGAAGAGAACACGAAAAAAGACGGUUCUACUAUUAAUAUACCUGAUUGCCUGGCUCAAGCUGGUCAUACUUUAGUCAGUGCUGGAGCCUUUGUUUUUGAUGAUGAUGAUGAUUACCUCUCAGGCAAUGAAAUAGACUAUCACAGAUUGAAACUACAAGUGGAAGGAUUUGAACAGACACCUUCCAUACUUCACAAACGUUCUUGUCCAAGACUGAUUCCGUUAACUCCUACUAAGUCAGAUGAAAUGGAACUUGAGAAUGGAAUGAAAUACUGUAUAGUCAUGGAAGUGCACAUUUGGCAUGGAUGCAAGACUGUGAAACUCUAUUCUCCACUUAAACUUGAAAAUCAUCUGACUAUGACAAUAGAUAUCUAUUGCAAAAGUGAAGAUCUCAAGAAAUUUAAAGCCACAAAGGAUUUAGUCAACUCAGAAGACCUAUUUUCUAAACUAGCUACAGUCAAGCCCAAUGAGACAUAUCAUCUGCCAUUAUUUGUUGCUUAUCAUUGUCCACUGUAUAUCAAACCUUCAGAAAUUCACUAUGAACUGACCCACAAUCCACUCUGGUGGCAAGAUAUGUUACAAGGCAAGGACAGAAUGAAAAAUUUUACUUGCCUUUCAUCAAAAGAGGAGAAAUCUUUUAAUUUUAAGGCUGUUUGCAAGGAGGGAGACAGUAUUAAGGCUGCUCCUGGUGGAACUAGGUCCUUACCUUACUACACCUUACAUCUCUAUCCACCAGUUGUUUUACACAACUUUCUUCCAUAUGACAUACAGUUCUCUCUACAGGGAACUACUAUGUCCAGCAGUCUGACUCAUGGAGACAUGACACCUUUGUAUACAGUGGAGACAGGCAAAGCUUACAAGUUACUUAUUACAUUGCCAGACUAUAUGGGAUCUGAUUGGACAGGUACACUGGAAAUAUCUCCAGAUAUGGAAGAGUUUAGAGCAAUCACCAUGGAAACUGAAAUUGAUUCUGAAAAUGUUAACAGGCAUUUAAGCCUUAGCAUACAUGCUGAUCAAUCUCAGUCUUUGGAUUUGCGGAUUUAUACUCCUUAUUGGAUUGUGAAUAAAACAGAUCUUCCAUUGCAAUUAAGGGGCUCACUAUCUGAUGCUGUCUAUGAACUCACUAACUCGCCAAAUCCUCUUCUGUUCAGGUUUAAAAAACAUAAAAGGAAAAAGGCAAAGUUAAGAGUGUAUGAGUCUCGCUGGUCCCAGUCUUUCUCUGCUGAUACAGUUGGCAGUGCUGGUGUCGUGAUCUGCAAUGACAAGGAGAGAGGAAAGAAAUACAUGUUCCUGAUACAGAUUGCACUAUCCAAACUCCGACUAACAAAAUUAGUCACUAUCAUGCCAUUUUUCUUAGUCAUCAAUAAUUCCAAACAAAAAUUGAGAUAUAUGGAAGAAAAUGAAAAGGCAGAUCUUUGGAUUGACAUAGAUCCUGAUCAGUACCAACCAUUUUGGCCUGUAACAGAAUCAUUUAACAUGUAUGUGAAGUUUGAUGGAAGCAAUGUCUCCUCCCUACAUUUUCCUAUCAAGUCAUGCCAUAACACUGUUCUUAGAAUGGAUCAAGGGAGAGCACUGUGUGUGGAAGUGUGUGGUGGCACUGAUACACCCAUCACAAUCAUAUUCUUGAAUUAUGAGCGUGGAGAUGCACCUGUCAGAGUAGAAAAUUUAUGUGAAGAUGUUUUUAUAAAAAUACAUCAAAAAAAUCAAAGUCAGGUGACCUUGCUAUCACCUAAUCAAUCUAUUUUAUAUACCUGGGAUGAACCUUCAUCAGAGAGAACAUUGAUGUGGAAUGUUUACAGUAGGAAAAAGCCAAGUUUUCCAGCUUUUAUUACAAAGGAUGGCUCUGGUGAAGUUAGACUCAGUGUAGCAUCUUUGAAGACUACUGGUGCUCCAAGUGUUGAUGUGACAGAUGCCAAAGAAACAGAUGACAGCAGCAGUCCUGAAGAUGAAAGUGAUGAAACAGAUGCUUUGAUUGCACCACACAAUCGAUCACAAUUGAGCCAUACCAGAGUGGACAAGCUUUUAAUAUUUUGGGUUUCUUACCUAGAUGGAUUGCAACGGGUUCUACUGUUUACACAAGAUGAACGAGUGUCAAAAGCUGUCCGCAAGGGCUUUGUUCAAAGUGUAGAUUUCCCUCGCAGACAAAAUCGCUUACAGGUCAAUGAGGGAGAGAAUGCAGACUUGGCUAUUUUUGCUUCCCUUGAAGGAAUCAGCAUUUCAGUUAUCAACUCAUUAUACCAAGAGGUAGCACUGUUGUCUGUAACAAGCUGCCCAGCAGUGUGGGAAGUUGAAGUAAAGGAAAAAUGGAGAUCACUAAAUGUUGAGCUGGCCACGUGGUUGGAAGAUCAGUGGCGAGGGGAAGUUGUAGAAGCCAGUCUGCAUGACCAAAUUGAGGCUGAUUUAAAACAAAUGCAAAUGACAAAGCCAUUUAUGGGUGCUUUGAGAAGGACAUUCCGCCCUGGACUUUGGUGUCAGUACCAUUCAUCCAAGCAUCACAUGUCAGUCAACAUAACAUUACAAACUCUACAGAUUGACAACCAAUUGCCUGAUGCUUAUUUUCCUACUGCAUUGGCUCCCACACCUAUCCCAGCAUAUAUUUUAAGACACAUGGGCCCAAAACCAUUUAUUGAGGUUGGCUUAAUGAGGAGAAUAGUUCCAGAAGAAAAUAUUGACACUAUAAGAUAUGCAAAAAUACUUGUUCAAGAAUUCAAUUUGAAACUGGACAAAGGUUUUAUUUUGUCAGUGAUAGACAUCAUUGGGAAGUCUGCUCCUGUGGAGAAAGAAAGUUUUCAGCUUCAGUGUGACUUAUGCUUAGCAAGACAAUCUUUAAAGGAAGCCACAACAGUCCUGAUAGCAUCAAGGCCACAAAAAAUCUUUUUUGAGUAUAUACACCUUUCCCCUUUAAAAUUACAUCUUAGCUUCUCUCUACAUGGCAAAGCUUCUGUUUCAAGUGUGGGAGCUCCAACAUCAAGUAUCAAGAGUGACAUUGUAGAUUUUUUUCUCAACUCUCUUGGUGUCACACUUACAGAAAUAAAAAAUGUGGAGUUAAGAAUGGCUUAUUUUGAGCGAAAAGGUGUCCUGCUGUCUAGCAAUCAGCUAAUGGCUCAAGUUCAGUCUCACUAUAUCCAUCAAACACUACAACAAGCCUAUGUGCUUAUUUUAGGACUGGAUGUUUUAGGAAAUCCUUAUGGUCUUGUCAAAGAUUUCACCCAAGGACUGGGAGACUUUUUUUAUGAACCUUUUCUGGGUUCUAUACAAGGUAAAGAUGAAUUUACUGACAGCUUAGCAAGAGGAGUACAGAGUCUAAUGGGAAAUACCAUAGGAGGUACUGCAGGCUCAGUUGCAGGUAUUGCUGGCAGUAUAGGGAGGACACUGGCUGCCAUUUCAUUUGAUGAAGAUUACAAAAGAAAGAGAAGGCUACGAUUGCAACAAGAACCUUCUGGUCUUCCUGCUAGUUUGGCUCUAGCAACAAGAACUCUAGUCAUGGGAGUUGGUUUGGGACUCUCAGGUGUCAUACUUGAUCCUAUCAAAGGUGCUCAUGAAGAGGGCGUUGAAGGAUUUUUCAAAGGUGUUGGCAAAGGUAUUUUAGGACUUCUAACAAAACCAACAGGUGGUGUAGUGGAUAUGGUCAGCAUGGCUUUUGAUGGUCUGAGAAGAACUGCUGAAAUGGAAGGAGGCGCUGUUGCUAGAAUGAGACUUCCUCGUUUUAUUAAUCCACACAUUGGACUUCAACCAUUUUCUCCCCAUAAAGCUUCUGGACAAAGAUUGCUUCAGAGUGUCCUUAAGGGAGAUCUUUCUAGAACUGACAUCUACUGGGCCCAUGCCCCUUUGAGUAGAGAAGAAAAAUCUGCAGUGGUAUUGAUUACUGAUAGAAACUUGUUAUUUCUUGAAAAAUGCCGAUUUUGGGGUGGCUGGGAUGUGGAUUGGAAAGUUUCGUUAGAUAGAAUUCUUGGUGUCCCAGCAAUCAAAGAUGAAAAGCUGAUUUUCAAGAUUAAAGAAGAUGAUUCUGGUGUAAAUCUAUUUUCAAGUGGAGAAAAAGAAAUUGCCAGCAAGGAAACAGCCAUUUUAGAAUGGCUGCAAGGUCAAAUCUCCAAGGUUAUUAAAUAUAAUGCACAGUAAAAAAAAAAUCCUAAGCUGGUGUUUCUUAAAGUUGCUUUUAAAAAGAGCAACUUUGUACAGUACUUAAAUAAAACAUCAAAUUGAAAUAAUUACACCCAUUUAAUAUAAUUGUAUUAAGAAAUUUAAUGUAAAAAUCAAUUUUAUUUAUUUAAAAAAAUAACCUAAAUGCUAAAAGACCAAAUGAUAAUCAUGUUUAAAUGAAGGUUGAACAAAUUUGUUUUGUAGAGUACUGAUUUCUCAAGUUUGUAUGGACAGUCAUUUUCUAUUGCAUUUGUAAGAUAAUUUGCUGACAAUAAAAAAUCCUUUAUAUAGAUUUAGGAAUAUCAUUUUAUUAUAUUUUAUUUUACUCUUUUUUUUUUUUUCUUAAAUAACACUUUUAUUAUUUUUAACUGUAAAUACCUGCUAUAAAAGACCCAAACAAAGUAUGCAUCUUUCUGGUACAAUCUUGUAUCAUUGAGCAGCCACUAUGCCUCAUGAGAUUAAUAGCAAGAUUCAAAGCUUUAAGAGUUGCAUUUGUAAUUUAUAUUGAUAACACAUUCAAUUGGGAAUCAAUUUCCUUGGAAUUAUCAAGCAUUGAAAGAGUUCAUUGAAUGUGUGUACUAGAAGUUUGUUUAAAAAUAUUUCCAAUGAAAAUUAAUAUAAUUUUUUUUUAAAAAUUAUUACCUAAUGUGGUCAAAUACUUUUUAUUUAUGUUAUAUCAGUUUGAAAAAGUUAUGUUUAUAUUUUUGUUAUCUGCAUUUAAUAUUUAUAAUUUUGAAGUCUUUAAAAAUUUUAAGUAAUAAAUUUAAGUUGGUCCCUUGAUUUUUUAUGCAGUAAUUUUAAAUUCAUUCUGCUAUUGUCCAUUUCCUAUCCUUGAUAUUGUAUGUACCAAUCACCAGUGUGAAAUCUGUGCAGUACGUCCCACCACUAUGUUGCUUUCAUUUUUCUGUGGUCAAGAAAACCUAUUGUGAUACUGUUAUACUCUUUUUUCCAAGUUUGAUUUAUUGACUUAUUGGUCUGUUUCUGUGCCAAGUAUACACUUUUAAGUACUAUCGGUAUGCUGUAACUUUUUUUUUGUUGAAUUCAUGGUGAUGUUUUACAGAAAGUAAUGUAUUACUUUAAAUACCAGCAUAUCUAGUUGUGCUUCUAAAUGAUGCCAUAUUUUAGAUUCAAGUGUUUAGUUAUUAUAAACAUAUUUUUCACAAUCAAUCCAAUUAUAUUACCAUAGGGCUCAGAUGUAGUGUUGGAUAUAUAAACUCUUCAAGUAAUUAGAGAAAAUUAGCCAAACAGUUGUUAUAUUACAGUGAUCUGAUAGUGUUUUUUUCUGUAAACUUUUUUUUUUGUCAGUUGAUUGAGAAAUAAUUUUCUCUCUAUACAUAACAAUUCUAUCAAAUAUUGUAAUUUAUUCUGUGUGUUUACAGAGCAAGUUUUGUGUUGCUGUCACUCAAUGAAAAAACAAACAAUAAAUAUUAUUAGAAAUUUAAA